GUUAGAAUUUAUAAAUAUAAUAAAAAAACUUGAUAAAUAAAACUGCAACCAACACGAGCUUACCGCUCAAAUUAUAAAUAAUGUUGUGAAAACUGUAAUGAAAGCUACAAGAAAAGUUGAAUCGAGGCUUAUAAAGGCAUAGACUGUAUAAACCAAGAAAAAAAUAAUAGUCGACCAAAAUUAACAUAGAAACUUUUGCACGAGCUUCAAAAACCAAACCGCAACUAAAUACUGUGUAAAACUGUGCUUUAACAAUUUAAACAGUGAUUUGAACAGCUGGUCAAAAUCUGAACAGAAACUUAAAGCCAAAUCAAGUCGCAAUGGAAGCAGAAAAAGCAAAGAGACUGAAGCUGUGGGCGGGCGAUGUUUUGGAUACUGCUAUUGUAGACGGGGACAAUCUCGUAGAGGCCAUUGCUGGAGGAUUGGGAGAGAAGCUUGGGCUAACACUUCCCGGGGAAACCGCACAGAAAUUAGCCUACAGUUUGAGCUACAUAGCAAUGAUCGAGUUUUCCUACCAUGUGAUAGGAAUUGGCAGCUCAUUUUCUUCCAUGGAUUUAACGGCACUUACUCUCGCUCAAAUGAAAAAGACUCUGGAGGAUAUCAAAAAAAUGGUUAAAAUCAUUCUUUCAACUCCCUUGAAAACGGCCGGCAAGAAAGUAUUGACUGCCAUUAAUUGUUUGGAAAACAAGCAAGUCGCUGAAGCUAUUAUGAAGUUUCGUGCGGCCGAGGAUGAUGCUCUAACUGCAUACGAAUACGCUAAAGGUCAAGGCAAAAGUUUAGAAAACCUAAAAGAAGUUGAAACAGCUUUUCAGAUUAUAGUUUUGGCGAAAGUUUGCAGUUUGUCCUAUGACGAAGAAAGCAAAACGAUGGAACCAUUUUAUGUUCUUGAUGACGACAAGCAAAGAACAAUUGCAAACGAACUUGAACGUGACUGCCAUGACUUUCUUGAGUACCACGGUAAUGUCAAAGUGGGAGUUUUCAGCCUGAAUAAAGACACUAAGAAUUUUGAAUUGAAAUCAAUGAAGAACAAAAUUUUGAAAUGUUUAUAUCCUUACAUUUCGGAAGGCAAGAAAUACACAUGUGCAAAUAAAGAGCUUCCAAUGA